AGCUUUUGCCCACAGUGUGCUAUCCCUGAGCCUAAGCCGGGUCUCCAGCUGAUUUGCACAUUCCUGGGCUCGCGCUAUGGCAUUGGCACGUCGCAUGCCUCUACAGCGGGCACAGAGGCGCUUUGCAGCCUCAGUGCCCAUGAUCAUCGAUGGCAAGAAGGUCCAGUCGGAGGCCACCCAGUUUUAUGACGUCCACAAUCCGGCCACCGGAGAGCUCAUCGCCCGGACGCCGCAGUGCACCCCAGCAGAGCUGAAGAAGGCGGCCGACAGCUGCGCGGAAGCCUUCAAGUCCUGGCGCACCACGCCGGUUUCCGCGCGGGCGCGGGUCAUGCACAAGCUGGAAGCAGCCAUCCGUGACAACACGGAUGACUUGGCCAAAACCUUGACGGAGGAGCAAGGAAAGACCAUCGCAGACGCCAAGGGUGACAUUUUCCGUGGCCUGGAGGUGGUGGAGAUGUCCUGCAAUAUCCCUUCUAUGAUUCAGGGUGAAACGCUUCCCAAUGUUGCUCAAGGCGUGGACGUUCACUCAUACCGCGUGCCUUUGGGUGUUUGCGCUGGCAUCGCGCCCUUCAACUUCCCAGCGAUGAUCCCUUUGUGGAUGUUUCCGCCGGCGACCACCACGGGGAACACCUUUUUGAUGAAGCCUUCGGAGCGCGUGCCCUUGUCCUCCAUCAAGCUCGCAGAGAUGGCCAAUGACUGCGGACUGCCGCCAGGUGUUCUGAACGUCGUGCACGGGGGGCACGACACCGUGAACUUCAUGUGCGACAACGAGCACAUCCGCGCGGUGAGUUUCGUGGGCGGCAACGCGGCGGGUGCCCACAUCUACGAGCGCGCGGGGAAGAACGGGAAGCGCGCGCAGUGCAACUUGGGGGCCAAGAACCAUGCCAUCGUGCUGCCGGACGCGGAUCCGGAGAGCGUGGUGAACCAGUUGGUGGGUGCCUCCUGUGGGGCGGCAGGGCAGAGGUGUAUGGCCAUUAGCGUCGCCGUCUUCGUGGGAGCAUCCAAGGAGUGGAUCCCGAAGAUUGCGGAGAAGGCCUCAAAGCUGAAGGUGGGCCCAGGCAAGGAGGAGUCCACCGACGUGGGGCCACUGAUCUCCGCCCAAGCCAAGCAGAGGGUUGAGUCCCUCAUACAGUCGGGCAUGGACGAGGGCGCGCGGCUGCUGUUGGACGGGCGCAGCCCAUCGCUGCCAUCAGCCAACAAGGAGGGCUACUUUGUCGGGCCCUCGGUCUUUGCGGAGGUGAAGCGAGGUAUGCAGAUCUACGACAACGAGAUCUUCGGGCCCGUCCUGUGCUGUGUAGAGGUGGACUCCUUUGAUGAGGCCAUCAAGUUCGUCAACGAGAAUCCAUACGGCAAUGGCACGGCAGUCUUCACUCGCAGCGGCGCUGCUGCGAGGAAGUUUACCGACGAGAUCGAAGCCGGGCAGGUGGGCGUGAACGUGCCCAUCCCUGUGCCUUUGCCCAUGUUCUCCUUCACAGGCAACAAGAAGUCCAUUUUGGGGGACCUGAACUUCUAUGGCAAGGCUGGAGUCAGUUUCUUUACCCAGCUGAAGACUGUGACCUCAGCGUGGCGGGAUGAGAAGCACAUUGAGAAGCUGAGUACAGCAGGUGUCGGGGCACAGUAAGCCGGGCCGAAGUUGCCCAAGGGAGCCUUCAGACUUCAGCCAGC